AGUGUAAUAAUAUUUUCGCUGCAGUAAACAUAACCUAAAAACUCUCCAAAACAUAACCACAAUUUUGUGAUGGAGGCGGUAGAAACAAAACGAUUUUCCUUCCCAGUGAAAGUUAUUUUGCAAGAAUUCUUCACAGAUCAUCGACAAAAAGCCUACAUCUGCGUCAAGGGGCACUGGAGGACUAUUCGGGACUUGCAAAAUCACAUUGUUAAUCUCUUUAGUCUCUCCCAUGAAGUCUUCCUCACCGACACUGAAGGAUUCCUCUAUCCGGCACAGGAAUCAAUUGACAUCAUUCAGCAGGGAAAUUCUGUGAUACUAGUUAAUCGGGAAAAUCAAAGCACCGAAGAACCUCAAACUUUACCUGAAAAUGGGAAAGUGUCCAAGACUUUCAAGCCUCCGCGGAAUUCAACGCCUUUCCUCAAUGGACAACCCGUAGCAGUGGAGGAGUUUGAGGUAACAGAAACCCCAAUUGUAGGGGUGCCUCCACCGAAGGAGAAUGGUGCAGUUCUGCCGGAAGUGCGUGAGAAGCAAAAGAGACGGAAGAGAGUGAGGAAGCGCAAGAAGAACAAUACGGAUGUCUUGGAGGAUUCUUCAUCCAUCCUUGAGGAGCCAGCGGAUAAUCUGAAGCGCCUCAAAGGGAGUAAGUCAGCUACACACAUCCGAUUCGGAGGUAGUGUCGAGGGGGAUGAUGAAAGUGGUGCUGUGGAUGAUAAUCUGCAAAUCACAGAUACUCCCCAUGGUCAGUCUCAGAUGAUUGUCUCGCGGACAUUGCAUAGAACCACUCAACAGUCACCGGAAGCUGAGAAAUCCACAGCAAAGCUCACGAAAUCUCUAAAUAAAUCCAAUAUGAGCUCCAGUUUUGCCUUGGAAGAGCUCAGGGAGAGACUCCCAAAUCUCGAUGUUCCAUUGCUGAAGAAGCUCCCGAAGAAGGAUGAUGUGAUUGCCUUUAAAGUUCUCAAAAUGGGUGAAACGUACGAACCAGUCCUGUCAAACUACAUCAUUGGGAUCGUUGAGAUGGUCAACAAAGAGAAGAAUGAGGUAUCCCUUCUACUUCUUUCGGGUGAGGAUGAACUCAAACCACCGCAGGGGAAGUUUUCACUCCCAGACACCCCUUCAGCACAGUCCGAGGAUAAUGAUGAAAUCCUUGAUGAUGAUCUCUUUGUGGAGAAUUUCAGUAAACUCCAAGAUGUCCGGAAGUUGGAUCUGGCCAAGCUGGGAACGACAUUCUAAUCACACGGAAGUCUGGGUAGUUUUUUUUUAAACAUCAGAUACCAUUUAUUUGUAACUUUUUCGUACAUUCUGUCUUAUUGAUUCAAUAAUGUGUUCUCCACUGUAAACAAGGCAAUUUAUCUUCAAUCACAUUCACAAAAUCUCAUAUCCUUCUUCGUCUUUAUAUAAAAAAAAGGACAAAAACCACGUCUAUCAAAAUUUAAGAAGUUCCUGGCAUUUUUUUUUAUUAUUUGUGAAAUAUUAAUAUUUCUCAAUGAAAAAAGAAGAUAAAUUAAAAAAAUAAAUAUUUCCAGAAAA